AUGCCAAGCUCGAACGUCUCUAAGCGCUCCGCUUCAAAGGCAUUGUCCCGACGUUUGACGGCGUCGUCUUCGAUGUCGAGCUACAAUACCGACGGUGCCCCGCUCUCCGCUGGCCUACCAGAGUACAUCACGCUACCGGAUCAGGUGAAGACUGUGUUGACGAGGCAGAUCUCAGCAGCGGUGGAGGAUGUCCUGGAUAGUAUGAUGCACGAAGGCACCGAGGACGUUCACUGGCGCGGCAAGAUGCGUAAGGAUGGAAUUAUUUACUACGAAGAUAGAGAGAGCGUGACGAAGGAGCAGACUCGUUUCUGCUGCGUUGACACGACCGAAGCCUCGGUUGAAGAGGUGAUUAACCUGUUCGUUGUGUCCGACACCGACAUGCUGCUACAACGGUGCCGCAUCAUGUACGACAACAUCAUGGACGCCAGGAUCUUGAACGUUUUGGAGCACCCGUCGGAAGAGCAGCCAAUGCGUUCAUCUUACAUUCGCUAUACCGCCUUUAAGGCCAGGACACUGCAGCGUAACAACCGCGAUAUGUGCGUCGUCGUAUCUACCGACGUUAAACAGUGCGCAGACGGAUCGACGGUGGGCUACUGCGUGUGGGACUCGCUCAACCUGCCCGAUAUCUCCCAGUUGGACGUACCGCAGGGAUUUAUCCGGACCCGUAUGUUCCGUUCGGGAUAUUUCGUGCAGAACUCUGGAGAGCCCGGAGCUUUGACUAAGGUUGCCUACAUAGUUGGAAUUGAGGCGGGAGGCCUCGCCCCACGGCUCACAACGCGCUACUAUAUGCCUCGAUUUGGUGAAGUUCUCAGCCGUAUUAUUGCCCACCUCCGUCGCAGGCAACUCGACCCUUCUACCUUCGUGCCUCCGUCUCAAUGGACCGAUAAGCAGAAAGCUGAAUUCUGCCAGUGUUGCAGCAAGCACUUCGGUGCAGUAAAGCUGCUCGAUACUCGACGAUACAACUGUGUGUCUUGCGGUGACGCCAUUUGUCAUGCUUGUCACCACGUGGAGGAGAUCGAAGUCCCUGGAGCUCGGAAUACGACAGUGGGAAUCUGUGUCGGCUGCAAGACGGACAACGUCGGAAAGCCAUCCCGAAUGUCACGGUGGUCAAGUUGGGGAACAAGUUUUUCAUCCGACUCGACAGAGUCGUCCACCAGGUCUCUAUACAUGUGA